AUGCUUGAGGUGUGUAAGAAGCUCAGGAAGAAGCUUGUCGAUAUCUGCAACAGCAUAUUUGUUGUGAGGCUUAGAGUGGUUGUUCUUGGGCUUGGGAGAAGCGGGAAAUCCACGAUAGUGAUGAAGGCAUUCAGAGAUGGGCUGAGGUAUGUGGGGAGACAGAGAGGCGCACGGGUGUACGAAUACAAUGAGGGCUGCAUGAGCUGUGUUGUGUAUGAUGUACCUGGGAGAAGAGUCUCGAAAGCCAGGUGGGACUAUUUCUACAGGAAGUGCGACGUGCUGUUGUACUGUGUGGACUCCUCCGAGAGUCCGGGAAAAUGGACAGGAGCAAGGGAAGAGCUGAAGUCCCUGCUGUACAGAAAUGCGUGGACCAAGAGAAGCAUGUUGGUUCUUGGGACGAAGAAUGAGAGGAAGGAUGCGUUGGGAUGCAUCGACAUUAUUCUUCGUCUCGGUCUUUUAGAUAUAACGGACAGGGAGGUUUCUUGUUUUUCUGUCUCUGCGCGGGAGGAUGUCAACAUGGAGUGUAUACGGGCGUGGAUAAGGGAGCAGUGUGAUCUUCUGAGAGAAAAGAACUGUCUUGGAGUUGGGACGAGGGAAUGGACAGUGGAUUUGAACUCCUGUCUCUAG